AAACUUCUCGCCGUUCCUUCCAAAGUCCGUCACCUUGUCAGCUCAAGCGAAUCGAUCCCGAUAAGAGAGACCUAAGGACCUCCCCCAGACUUUUGAUAUAUCGUAGAAAGUCGGGCCAACUUCCCUUUUUCACCUCUGUCCCCACAGUCGCUCCCCCAUUGACAGAAGCAUUGCUGGUCGUACCCACUGACUGUGUGCGUCCUUUUUUCCAACCUUCACACACACAUAGCAUGGCAAAUGUCGCGCCAUCUGGGAGAUCAAGGUCGCUUGCCGGGUGCAUCACGUGCAGAUCUCGUAAAGUAAAGUGUGACGAAACCCGUCCCACAUGCCGAUUGUGCGCACGCAACAACCUUGUCUGCGGCGGUUACAAGGCGAGAAUAGCCUUUGUCACGUAUAUUCCGUCAAGAGAUGAUUUCGAGGCGGUGUCCAAUACAGACUCGGACUGGCUGGCCGGGCGCAGACGGGUCCUUUAUUCAGAGGAUGAACGUGCUGCAAUGUCGGCCUCCGUAAGCCGAUCAGUCACGAAGCUUGGAAUUCAGCAGGUGUUGGAAGACUUGGAGUCCGAUUGUCUCGGUCUUUUGGAUCCCACGGAAAUCUACAAAGGCCCCUUUGGUGCCUUUCGACUGCCUCGCGAGGAGGCCGUGAAGAAGCAAAACGGAAUUUCCCUACUAUGCAGUACGCCCAGGUCAAUUGAAACACUAUCCGAAAGUUCUCUACCAGCCAGUGGGACUCCAGAAUACAUUCGCGCAGGCCCCGAAGCCACUGGAUGCCAGCAAGAGCAGCAUGACGAGCAUUCGCUGGUCGAUGAGCUUGACUUGUUUGCUGCUGAGUUUGAUCCACUAUCUACUCCGUCACACUGGGACUUGGCAACAGAAAGAGCGGUCGCGGACAUUGCUCCUCUCCAGAUAUCACCCUUGAGCUACAGCGCCCUACAUGAGGGAAGCGUUGCCCUGAUUCGGCAUUUAUUUGAGCACUACAAAUCACAAGCCGGCAGACUGUUCUCUCCUCUUCUAAUUCGAAAGUCUCCAUGGGCUGUCCUUCAUCUUCCGUGUGCAUUAGCUACGUUUUCAGAGUUGACCCUGUGGAACACGGCAAGUCCUGUGCGAUUGGCACUCUUCAAUGCAUUACUUGCCGUGAGCGCAUUUAAUUUGGACCGGAUUCAACUCUAUCAGAUGAGCGCGACAAAUCGCUGGUGGGUUCUGGCUGAGGGUUUCAGAAAAGUCGCACAGAAAGAGCUCCAGAGCUGCUUGUCGCUAGAACCGGCAAAGUCAAAAGAGAUCAAAUACAAGGAGCAGCUGAUGGCGCUCUUGACCAUGGUUACGAUAUCAGUCACUAGUGGUGAGCUUCGUGACGCGAGAUACUAUCUCCUGGAAGCCGAAAAGAUCAUUUGCGAGCGGGGCUUACCCAAAACCACCAAGUCAAGAAAGGUGGCUAUGCUUCACCAUAUCUAUGUUUUUCUACGAGUCAUCGAAGAAAGCACCUUUGUGUACCCUAGAGGCACCUGGUGUAGCCCACCGAUCGGAUCUACGGCUGCCGAUAACCUCCACUUGGCUCAGUUCCCCUCGUUGCAGACUCACAGUUUCAGCCUUGGGCAAGAUCUCAGCGAUCUUUGUGGACUUGAUUUUGAAACUGAAUUGAUGGGAGAAAGGGAAGCGAGCGAAAAUCUCUUUGCCGGAAUAUAUGGUAUCCCAGAAAGCCUCCUGUCGUUGCUAUCUAAGACAACAUGUCUUGCCAACGAGAUUCUGGCAAACACCGAUUUGCAGCUUCCGAUUCCGUUGGAUCUUAUCGAGAAAAGCAAAUUGCUCGAAAAUGAAAUUGUCUCUCGACAAUGGGAGGCUUUCGAAGAACUGUCCUCGUGCCGCGACGAGUCGCAGGAUUUACCAGCAAAUCGAACAAUCAUGCAUCAUAUGAACAAUGCGAUCCAUUCUGCGCUGUUGGUCUACUUUUACCGGAGGGUGUCGAAUCUUAAUCCGAUGAUCCUUCAGAGUCACGUGGACAUCAUCAUCGCCUCUCUGUGCCAAUGCGAACAGGAAAUGACAAACGCUAGCAUUGUCAACUGUGGAAUCCUCUGGCCAGGCUUUAUUGCGGCGACUGAAGCUCUAGGUGAAGGCCGUCAGAGAGAAAUCUCUCGGUUUCUUCGUGCUUCAGCCCAAACCAGCGGCAUGAGACAUUUCGAAGUCGCUGCUGACUUGGCCGAGGAGGUAUGGAAAAUCCGACGUGAGCAAGGUUCGGAUGUCAGCUGGGUGGAGAUUGUGCGUAAUCGCAGAGUGCCACUCGUCUUAACGUGAUCAUUUUUUUUUCUUUUGGCAUUUUAUAUCAAAUCAAGGACAAGGAGGACCGGAGCAUUCGGAAGUUUCAUAGAGGGUCAUGGGAUUUAUCAAGGAUACCAAUGGGAGAGAUUUGCAUGCUAUUUGGAAAGUUUUCUUUGAUACAAACCCUAGUUCGCAACCUUGUCAGAUUUAGACACCACGAAUGCAAACUGUAUAUUGGCAUUCUACACUGUCGACAGCCGCAAAUAAUUCACUGUAUCAUACCUUGAGGUACAGGGCGCGGAUAUAUUCAAUGGGCAAUGGAUUUACGUGGAUAAUACUGCUCUGGCCUUUGUAAUGGAAGUCUCAGCAAUUUAACACAAAUCAGAAAUAUUAAAAGGUGAUUUAAUAGACAAUUCUCAGGAG